GAAGAAUAAAACAUCAAAGAAAGCCGAAAAAGAAACAAAAAGAGAGAGAAGGAAAAGAAAGCAACCGUGUCUUCUUCUUCUCUCCGACGCCGAGCUCCCGAAGUGAACUCAAGCUCUCAGAUUGGAUUCAGGGGGAAUGGGGGAUCAAGUUGAGCUGAACUUAACCAAAAUGGUGUCGGCGAGCAAGGAGAUGGUGGUUUAUUGCUAUGACACUCUCCUGGCUCACUAUAAUAGUGAAGAAGCUCCUCCCCCAGCAUUUGAGGAUGGCCAACAUCCAUUGUUUGUCACAUGGAAGAAAAUAGUGAAUGGUAGCGAACCUCGUUUGCGUGGAUGUAUUGGAACACUAGAAGCUCGUGGCUUGAUUAAUGGAAUCAAGGACUAUACUCUAAACAGUGCUUUGAGGGACCGAAGGUUUUCCCCCAUACAGGCUAAGGAGUUACCAUAUUUGGAAUGUACAGUUUCCAUUCUGACUGAUUAUGAAACUGCUGACAACUACCUUGAUUGGGAGGUUGGGAAGCAUGGUAUAAUUAUUGAGUUUACUGAUUCGGACUAUGGAACAAGGCGCAACGCAACAUAUUUGCCUGAGGUUGCUGCCCAUGAAGGUUGGACUAACAUAGAAGCAAUUGACUCAUUGAUGCGGAAAGCUGGGUUUACUGGGACCAUCACAGAGUCUAUUCGGAAGCGUAUACGAUUGACCCGCUACCAGAGCUCGUUAUAUACAAUGCACUACAGUGAAUACUUGUCUUACGUGAAGGCCGCCAGAGGUGCAGUUCUAUCCGGCUCUAACUGCGCCAAUCAGUGAUUCAUCUGAGACAAACAAGGCAUGUGGUUUGGAGUGGGAUCUGUAUGCUGUUCCCAGCCAGCCUGCAAUAAUAGAUGCCUGCCAAUUCAACUAUCAAUUUCAUUUGGGUAAUGAAGAAGAAACUAACAACAAUUUCGAACUCGUGUUUAUGAGAAACCUGGAAGCUUGUAUUUGUAAAGUUUGCACCAAAGAGUUAGGCAUACUGUUUAUC